UCUGGCACGGAUAUACCAAAUGUCAGGGGUUGAGGUAGUCUACACAGAGUUGUUUCACUGGUGACGGGCGUUGUUUGAUUCAGAGCAGCACAGGAGUUGAGAGGAAGGCUGUGCAUUUACAGUUAGAAGUGUCAACGCUUUCAUAGACAUAUAGGCUAGUAUAAAUAAUAACACCUGCAAGAAGAUUAUUUGACAGGUCAUUUCCGUGUAGACAAUACAGAUCAAUAUGAAUCGUUGCGAACUUUAUCACUCUGUAGAAGUCAUAAAACGUCGACUGUAUAGUUUAAUAUAAUUUAUCGGAAGAUGGAAUGUUACUUUAUGGAACGUCAUAGUGUGGGCGUGCAGCGUUUUGACAAUUAUUUACUAAAACACGCAACAAGGUUCACACUGGCGUGAUUAUCGUGAGCAGGUCCGUGUCAAGUUAAAUUGUAGACUGUUGACUUUUUGGGCUAAAUGGAGCGGUGGAAAGGAAGAGUAGCUCUUGUAACUGGAGCAUCCGUUGGAAUUGGAGCAGCUAUAGCGAAAGCUCUUGUCAGACAUGGCAUGAAGGUGGUCGGCUGCGCUAGGAACGUUGAGAAGAUAGAGAAACUGUCAGCAGAAUGUCAGAGUGCCGGACUGAGUGGCACUCUCAUUCCCUACAAAUGCGACCUGUCCAACGAGGAGGAGAUCCUCUCCAUGUUCUCUGCCAUCAAGACCUUGCAUCAGGGUGUCGACGUGUGCAUCAACAACGCUGGCCUAGCUCACCCUGAGCCACUGCUGAGUGGCAAAACUGAGGGCUGGAGGACUAUGAUGGAUGUCAAUGUUCUUGCUCUGUCAAUAUGCACACGUGAGGCCUACCAGUCCAUGAAGGAAAGAAAUGUUGAUGAUGGUCACAUCAUUAACAUCAACAGCAUGAGUGGACACAGGGUAGUUCCCAGUGCCAGCGUUCACUUCUACAGUGCCAGCAAGUAUGCUGUGACUGCACUCACUGAGGGGCUCAGGCAGGAGCUCCGGGAGGCGAAAACCCAUAUACGAGCCACUUCCAUAUCACCUGGCUUAGUAGAGACAGAAUUUGCCUUUCGUCUCCAUGGUGAUGAUCCAGAGAAAGCUGCUGCAGCAUAUGCAAGUAUAAAGUGCUUGGAGGCUGGUGACAUAGCCAGUGCAGUGGUGUAUGCCCUAAGUGCCCCUCCUCAUGUACAGAUUGGGGACAUAUUGAUGAGGCCAGUUGAACAGGUGUCCUAACCUUGUGUAGGCAGUGUAUUUGCUGCUUGAGGAUCUGCUGGAGGGAUCUAACGUGUCUAACUCUGCCCACCUUGAGAGUCCCCUUAAAGAGAUCUGUGAGGGAGUUUGUAAAGAGCUUGGGCUACGCGUGCCUAAGGGUGGAACCCUGAUGUGUGAUGCAUAAAGAUAGGAAUAUGGGAGACAGGGCCACCAAUUUCAAAUUUGGGCUAUGGUAUAAUGUAGGUUUCAGAUUCAUUUUUCACUUUAUGGUACAUAUUGUGAGUCACAUUGCGGUGUGAGUCAACUUUAUUUUUUAAGAAGAUAUUGUAAUGAGUGUUGAUAAUGAAAUAGCCGGGAUGAUCAAGAAUUCAGUGCCGACCAAUGAUUUAAAGGUCAAACCUCCCUAACAAGCUGUAAACUCUCACUCCAGUAACUGAAAAAGCAAGAUGAAUACCACUCAAAUAUUUGGUCUUGGGCUGCUUUCUUUACAUGUAUACCUCAAGUCAGGAGACAGUGCAAAAUCGAAUGGCCUCAUAUUUGUAUUAUUUUAAGUUGGUGGAAUAAAUAGCAACUUGUUAAGGCUUCUUAACUGAUAUUCCCUUAGACUGGCUGCAUUUAUUGUCCAACUAGUUGCAUUUGGCUGUGAAAUAUUAGAUUUUCUGGUAGAAUUCAAGACAGAUGUUAAACCACUAAAUACUGAUUUAUCUCCCUUGAAAUUAGCUGCUAAUUGUUCUGAUUUCCGCAUGUUUGUAUUUUUUUUCCUUUUGUACAUCUGGUAGCUGUUUAUACAUGCAACUACAUACACAGGCACACAAUACAGCAAAGCUGAUAAAGGAAUGCAUGAGUUUUUGGAGUCAUCACUGCAACAUCCAGACAUGUUAAAAAUGUGUAACACAAAUGAUAAUAGUGCUAUAAAUAAAAGCUCACUGCAUCAUGUCA